AUUUUUAUGGUCAAAUCACAGGAGGGAAAGGAUCAAAGCGCCAGCGCCAAAAACCAAUUUUCAUUUUUCCCUCCCUAUUUUCUCUAUUAAUUCAAUCUGCUUUUCUCCUCCCACAAUUUUAAGCAUAUUCAACAUUCUCUUUCUCUCUCUAAUUGUCUGCAAGUAGAGUUUUUGGAGAGGAAUCCAUGGCAGGGAGGACGUCCAAGGUAAACCCACCAAAGCCAAGGAAGAGAGUAGAAGCUGAAACUGCGACUGGCCCUUCUCUUCUUCGCGCCAAAGAUGGCAGCGCUUUUGCUCGCUGUGAGGAGUGCAACAAGGACGUACCGGUGGCACUGAUAAGUAUGCAUAGUUGCAGCCUUGAUGCCAAGAUCAAGAUGAACUUGGCGUCUCAAGUUGUGGAGCAGCCUUCUGAAGCCAAAAAAAAGCCAGCAGAAAGGAAGAAGGCAACAUCAGAAGAACCAAAACCUAAGAGGCUCAGAAAGGAGAAGGAAAAGAAGGGCAAAGAUUCUAAUAAGACUAAGCGCACUCCCACUGCUUUCUUUCUCUUCAUGGAUGACUUCAGAAAAUCUUACAAGGAAGCAAACCCAGAUAUUAAGGGUGUUAAGGAGGUUGCAAAGGAAGGUGGUGAGAAAUGGAGGUCCAUGACAGAUGAAGAGAAGAAGCCUUAUAUUGACAAGGCAGCUGAGCUCAAGGCCAAGGCCUCAGACAGUAAUAGUGCUGAUAUUGGAGAUGAUGAAGGAGCUUCGGAGAAGGAAGAUAAUGAGAAGGACGAUGAUGGGAAGAAAGGUGAUGACAAGGAAGAUAAUGAAAAUGAAGAAGUACUAGAUGAUUACUAAUUGAUUAGGAAUUUACCAUCCUAAUUUCAUGUUUAGUUUCUUAGAAUGGUUUUGAUGCCUGGCUUUUGGGUAUUGUAAAUUCUGAAAUUUCAUUUUUUGUAAUGAAUUGCUUCUGAUACAAUUAUGUUAUCAUGAAUUUUUAGUUUUUGAUCUUUUAGAACAGUUGUAAUGUGUAGGACCAGCAAUGAUGAUCAAAACAAUUGACCUCUGGUGCCUCCUUUCUUGAGGACAA